UUAUUUUUUUUUAUUUUGAUUAUCAUAUUGUUUAUUGUUAUUGAUAUUUAUUUUCUUCACUAUUUAUAUUUAUUCGAUAAAUGUAUAAUAUGUAUUUGUGUUAUAAAGUUUAAUUUUGAAGUUUUUAAACCUUAUUAAAUUACUUAACAGUGUUCCUAUCUACAGAAACACACAAUUUCUCUUUUUCAAUCCUCCAAAGUUGCAGUUUUUAGAGAGAUUUUAGCUCAACAACUCAUGUUAAACAGUGGUACAACUCAAAAAGAUGUCUGUUGUAAAUCAACAAUUUUUCAACCCCAUAUGGAAGCCAUGUGUUUCUUCAUGUCCAUUGUUAGCUGCACAGUUUGUUGUGAUGCCAAUGAGUAAUAGAGAGCUUUCUGUUGUUUCCACCAUUGCUGCUGCAAAAUCUACAGCUUCGAUUGGUGAAGGAAAUGAUGAUUAUGUUGAUAUUAGUAGUGGGAAAGCAGCAGCCAAAGGGUCGGGUACUACGGCGAGAGGAAGGAGGUUGUUGAAGGUUAGGGAGGAGAAGAGGAAACGGGAAUAUGAACGUCUUCACAAUUACCCUGCUUGGGCAAAAGUGUUGGAAGAUGCCUGUAAACAUGAUACAGAGCUUCGUGCUGUGCUUGGUGAUAGCAUUGGAAAUCCAGAGCUUAUGAGGAAAAAGGUCGAAGAGAGAGUUCGAACAAAGGGCCGAAAUUUUCAGAAGUCUAAAACAGGAUCAGUUCUUGCAUUCAAAGUCAGCUUUAGAGAUUUUAAUCCUCUUGAUUCAUACAUAUGGUUUGAACUCUAUGGCUCACCAUCUGAUCGAGACGUUAACAUUUUCGGUAGUGUUAUCCAGGCAUGGUACGUCAUGGGACGUUUAGGUGCAUUUAACUCAUCGAAUUUGCAGCUGGGGGGUUCAUCAAUGGAAUUCAAUCCUCUCUAUGAUGCAGAAAAAGGUUUCAACGUGAUGCCUUCAUCAUUCCAUGACAUAAGUAAUGUUGAAUUCCAGGACAACUGGUCAAGAGUUUGGGUGGAUCUUGGCACAGCCGAUUUCUUCUCAAUCGAUGUUCUUCUCAAUUGCUUAACGGUAUUGAGCUCAGAAUAUGUAGGCAUUCAACAAGUUGUUUUUGGUGGUCAGCGGAUGGGUGAUUGGGAAGAGGGAAUGACCAACUCUGAUGACGGUUACAAAUACUUUGAAAUUGUGAAAGAUGAUUCACAGCAUUCUUGGCACAUUGUUUUCAGCUGCUACAAAACAGUCAAUUUCAUUCAGGAAGGAAGCUUUGACAGUUACAUCCACAUUGCAGUUGGCAAUCUUCUAGCAUUUUAUAUUUUGGAGAACAUUUUAAAUCAUUGUGAUAAUAUGGCUGGGGGAAGUCAACCACGCCAAAGUGACAAACCUUCAAUCAGAUACAGGUGUAAUCUACUUGAUGGGGCACUGUUUGAAAUCACUGAUUUAGACCGACAGAGUAAUGCCCCUAUUUCUUCUGGAAAUAAGGAGAACCCUAAAAAUUCUGACUCUGAAUCUUCUAAGAUAAUGAGCACAAGUGAGCUUAUAUCAGCAGUUGGAAGUAUAUGGUGUUCUGCAGCUGGCCCUGUUACACGAAUCCUAUCUAAAGGAAGUUCUAGAUGCAAUAAUACCGAUCACCAAGAAAACAACAUAUUUGGUUACUCCACUGCAGAUAAAAUUUCUGGUGUUUGUUUUUCACCUCCUGAUCACUCAAUACCAGUCAAUUUGGAUAGUGAUACAGAUUCUUCACCUCUACUGCUUGCAAAUGUGGAACGACUAACAGCGAACCAGAAAGUCUCAUUCUUUGGUCCUCUCUUAGGGAGUUCUUCUCUGCAGAGUCUCCUCCAUGACAGAUCUACCAUGCAUCCAGAAAAUCGGAAAGCAAAAGAUUUCGUCAACUAUUUACAGAAUGUGUAUGGUUGGAUUCAUGAAGCAUCCUUACUGAAAUUUAAGCAACAAUUAAAUUGUGCUAGUUUUGGAUGCCCUGAAAACAGAAAAUGUACCAUAGAAGACAUGACAAAUAAUCCUUUAAGUUGCUGCUCAGUUGUGGAUACAGUAAAUACUGAUUGCCAGACUGACAGGGAAGAGCCAGAUGGUUCAUUGUUAAGUCAGAUGGCAAAGCAUGAUGAGAUCGACAGGGUGUCAACAGGCACUUCAUCUAUAAGGCACUAUAAUGAAGUUUUUCAUGACAAAAAGUCAAACACACUAGGGAUUUCACAUUCCGAAAAUAACUUAGUCUUCCAUGAGUACUCGGUCACUCCAAGUUGUUCUGCUAGUGUACAUGACAAAAUUAAUGCUAAGGAUCACAUAUAUGAUUCUGCCAUUAAUGAAAAAGUAGAACUGGAGGAAGAGCUCAGUUCUGAAGUACAGAGAUCUGUGGCAAAGGAAAAGCCUCUGUAUGCACUUGCAAAACAAGAGCAUGCUUUUGCAGGAGCAAUGGCUGGAAUUUUUGUCAGCCUUUGUCUUCAUCCAGUUGACACAAUUAAGACUGUUAUUCAGUCAUGUCCCAAUGAUCAGAAGCCACUUUAUUAUAUCGGCAGAUCAUUCAUUUCUGAAAGAGGAGUAACAGCACUUUAUCGGGGAAUUUCGACCAAUCUUGCUUCGUCUGCACCCAUAUCUGCACUUUACACCUUUACAUACGAAUCAGUUAAAGGGGCCUUACUACCUCUUUUUCCUAAGGAAUGCCACUCUUUUGCACACUGCUUGGCUGGGGGUUCUGCAAGCAUUGCCACUUCAUUCAUUUUCACUCCGAGUGAGCGCAUUAAACAACAGAUGCAAGUGGGCUCCCACUAUAAGAACUGCUGGAGUGCCUUAAUUGUGAUUACAAGAAGUGGUGGUUUGCCUUCUCUGUAUGCUGGAUGGAAAGCUGUACUCUGGAGGAAUAUUCCACACUCAAUCAUUAAGUUCUAUACAUAUGAAAGAUUGAAGGAGUUGAGGUUAUCAUCAGUUCAACUACGCAACCAAAAUGACACACUAAUGACACUUGCCUGUGGAGGAUUAGCUGGCUCUACUGCUGCACUAUUCACAACUCCCUUUGAUGUUGUCAAGACAAGAUUACAGACACAGAUUCCUGGAUCUAUGACUCAGUUUGGUGUAUUCGGCACACUUCAAGAAAUUGCAAAACGUGAAGGUUUGAAGGGUCUCUACAGGGGCUUGAGUCCUAGAUUGAUCAUGUAUAUGACCCAGGGAGCACUUUUUUUUGCAUCUUAUGAAUCUUUCAAGAAGAUAUUUUCUUUGGAUAUCCCGCAGCCUAAAACAGAAACAGUUCCAUAUGAACAUAAGGAAGAUGAUCAUGCAACGUUGCCUUCACGAAGCUAACAAAGGAAACAUCAGUUCAAGGUAGUGCAUCUUUGCAGCAAUGUUACAAGUGAGGAAGUAUGAUUUUCAAGAUUAACAUGGAUAUCACCAAACAGAUGAUGAAGGAAACUGGAUUGCUAAUAGAAACAUUGUAGGUUCAUUAUCCAUUGAGUUUUGAACCGUUUGUCAGCUAGCCCUACUUUUGUAGUAUGAUUGUAAAACUCUAACUUAUUUGGAAUUGAGGUAUAGUUGAUUGAUUGAUUGAUUGAUUUCGCUGAGUCUGCAACAAUGUAAAUAUUUCUUGUGUAGCCUUAGCUUUAUAACAUUAUUAUUAUUUAAAGAAAUGAGUUUUUUCC